AUAUUCGAAUAAUAUAUUUCUCUACUUUAUUUCUCUCUCCUUGUUGUAGUGAUAGUCCAACCUCACUGCACGCUUUAUUCCACCGCCAACGCCUCUAAGUUGCCUGAAUCGAAUUCUCUCCGCCUGUGCUGCAACUGUUGACACCGAGAUAUUAUACGAAUAUGUUCUGGUAUUCGUCUACAUAUUGACGUCUACAUUGUUACUGGGAUACUCGGAAAUUUCGACUAGGAUAGCACUUUAUUCAAAAAUACCACAAGUUCUUUAUAUAAUAUUUGUGAUUAGUGUAUGAGUGUGCAAGUGUAACUUUACAAACAAAAAAUACUUUGUGAACUGAUAAACUUAGUUCAUAUUAUGAUACAAUGGUUCUUAAAGUCAUUCUUGUGGGUUCUCUUAAUGUAUAGAAAAAUUGUCAUAGUCAACAGGGUUAAUAUCUUGAUCGGUGGUUGGCUAGUAGUCAUGACGAAUGAGACAUUGCGACAUUGCGCGAGAAAAGCAUUGCGCACAUACCGUUGACAAUUUGUACUCUCUAGGUAUAUAUUGUCACGAUUUUUGAACAGUUAGAUUUCAAUAGUCUUUAGCUAUUCAUCGGGAAGGCUCCUAAUGAAAUCUGUUUUUUAAGGCAAUGAUGCGUCGAAGUUUUUGUUGCUAGUGAUAAUUUAGCUGAAUUAAAAUAAUGUCAUAGUGUAAUUCUUGUUAUUUAUAUUAUUGUUAUUGUAAUUAAUUUGAUUGAAAGUAUAUUACAAUAUGUCUUUGCCAAGAGGAGUUGGUCUUGGAGUUGAUGUUGGUCAAUUGAUGCAACAUCAGCAACAGCAGCAACAGCAUCAUGUAUUACCAGCGGCCUUUUUUCUUCGAGCCAGUGCCGAACGUUAUCAGAGGACGCCUAAGUGCGCCCGGUGUCGCAACCACGGGGUUGUUUCUGCUCUCAAAGGUCACAAGCGAUAUUGUCGUUGGCGUGAUUGCGUUUGUGCUAAAUGCACACUCAUUGCUGAACGACAGCGAGUAAUGGCUGCUCAGGUUGCCUUGAGAAGACAACAAGCGCAAGAAGAAAGUGAAGCACGAGAGCUCGGCUUACAAUUGCAGUAUAACAACGGUAAUUGUUCAACUGGUUCUAUGCUGUCCACAACUUCAGCAGCUGCACCCACUAAUGGAAGUCCGCCACAUCCUACUCACGUUUCUAGUCCAGCUGGUUUGGCUAUUGCUGCUGCUGCAGCCCAGAUACAGACUCAAUUACAUCAAAAACCAGACUGUGGACUUCUCCAACGGAUGAGAGUUCAAGCUGAUGACUAUCGAGACGUGAAAACAGAAUGCAGUUCUAUAAGUUCAUUAUCAGGUUCCAAACGACAAAGAUUGUCCAUCCACGACUCAAGCAAUGAAGACCAUGACUCGGACUCACUAGAUGUUCAUGAAUCUUCUAAAGCGCGUUCACGUUCACGAUCUCAAUCACAUUCACCCUCCACAACUCGCAUUCUUCAUGUUAAAUCAUCAACUGAUCCAAAUAUAGCUCUCAUAUCGACAGAGACAGACUCAAUAAUAGGUAUGAAACAAGAGAGUAGUGUAAAUGAUUCCGACGAGGGAAGUACUGGACCAGCUAGUCUAAGUCCGUCACACACACCAUCUUUAACUUCAGCUUUUACACCCCAAAGGAGUGAUACACCAGUACCAGAGAAUCUAAGUCUCCGAAAAACAGCAAGUCCAACUGAAACAUCUAUUCAAACCGUUUCUCAAACUGUUGAUCAUGUGCAGCCUCAUUAUAGCCCACCGCCUCCAUCUUUGGCGGCUGCAGCUGCUCAUUUUUCACCAUACAUAUCUCUGUAUGGACCGACAGCAAGUUCACUAUACUGUUCACCAGCACUCUACCAACAUCAACAUCAUCAUCAUCUAGUUGACUCACGAGAAAUACAAAUGCAAAUGCAAAUGCAGAUGCAAAGUGCUCAACAGCCUUGUGGUGUUCAAGUUCAGCAGCAACCGCAACAGCAAAGGUCACCGAUUGAUGUGUUGCUUCGAGUUUUUCCUGGAAGACGUCGAGCCGAUGUUGAAUCUCUCCUUCAUCGCUGCAAAGGUGACGUAGUGUCAGCAAUGGAAAUACUAGUUUGUGAAGAUAGUCUCCAACCUAAAUCUGCAUUUUCACCUCUUGCUGGUGCCUUAGCAUCUGCAGCAUCAGCUGCUUCAGCAGCAUCAGUUAGCGCUUAUGCCUCACGAGCCGGUUAUUGUGGUCCAAGCCCACCCACACGUCACAGAUUCCUUGCUGCUCCGUAUGCAGGCACAGGUUAUUUGCCUACUGUUAUUCGACCACCAAAUCAAACCAGCCAUUCAAAUGGUACUAGUGAUGCCUAUCGAGAAACAAGUCCGGAUGAUGCAAGUGAUAAAACCAGUUAUUCCGAGUGAUCUAAUAAACGUGUUCAUCAAAUCACAUGGACUGAUCGAUAGUUUGGGUUUCUUGGCUGUAAAAAUUGACAGUUUAUUAUAAAUUAAGACUACAAAUAUUAAUAAAAUUGUCACUUAAUAAACAUUACAAUUAGAGGACUUUUGAAGAAGCCUUUAAACGAUCAUUUUAUGCAGAUAAUAUGAUAACUAUCCAUGUCCAGAGAUGUAUACUUUAAAUAAGUAGAUAAUUAAUAUAUGUAUUAAAAGGUUUCUAAGAUUAAUGUUUCAUAGAUAAACCCUUGUAUUAUAUUAAUAAAUAAAUCA